GCUGGGGCAGGACGGGCUGAGCAGCUGGGACCCCACGUUCUCCCUCCGACGGGCUGGCCCGAGCCAGAGCAGCGGGGCCCCGGGGCUAAGCCGGGGGGCAGAUGAGUUGCCCCUGAAGCCUCUUUUCAACUCGCGUCUUGCUUCUGUGUCAGAACUAGCCGGCUGCUGACUUCGGCCGGACCCCAGCAAGCAGCGCUGGGCUAGCGGGGUCCCUGGGCCCUUCCGCGCUACAGUCACCGUCUCAUGCUGGCCAGAGCAAGCGGGAGCCACGGUUGCCUGAGGAAUCAGCAGUAGGAAACGUGGGAAAAGGAGGCAGAAGGUCGAAGGGUCUGAGAUGGAGGAGCCGCUCUGCUGCUGCGAGUACAUUGACCGGAAGGGGGAAAAGAACCAUCUAGUGGCCUGUUGCUGUGACUGCGAGGACCUCGAUGAGGGCUGUGAAAGGUGGCUGACGUGCAGAUCUUUGCCCCCAGGGACUUUAGAGAGAAUUGCAGACACCAUCUUGGAUCGCUUCCGCAUCCCUUGGCUUAAGGGGGCCAUAAAGAUCAAUAUCACCCUGCUCCCGCCACUCAUCCUGCUGCCAGUCUUCCUCCACGUAGCAGCUCUGCACUUCCUUUUGGCACUUGUUAUCCUGACAUCCCUUCCUGUGUUGGUGCUGUGGUACUACUACCUCACACACAGGAGGAAGGGACGGACUCUCUUCUUUUUGAGCCUGGGGCUGUUCUCUCUGGGGUACAUGUAUUAUGUGUUCCUCCAGGAAGUGGUUCCGCGAGGCCAUGUGGGGUACACUCAGGUGGUUAUUCUCACAUGUGGGCUAAUUCUCAUGCUUGUGGCCCUCUCUCAAGCCAAGAGAGACCCUGGCUACCUUGCCAGCCAAAUGAGCAAUGACAAGUCACCAUGCCAAGGCAGCAAUGUCUUGCCAAACAGGAAAGUCCUGGGGAGCUCCAAUGGGCUUCACGGAGUGGCUAUGUCUGGCAUUGCCAGCUGUCAUACUAAGAACGAUGAUGCCAAGGGCUAUUCCAGAAUGUUGGCCGAGGGACUAGACAGAGCAAAGGAGGACUGGUGCACCAAAUGUCAGCUGAUUAGGCCACCUCGGGCUGGACAUUGCCGGUUGUGUGGCAUAUGUGUAAGGAGACUGGACCAUCACUGUGUCUGGAUUAACAGCUGCGUAGGGGAGCGGAACCACCGAGCCUUUAUCCUUGCGCUGUCACUCUUCCUGCUUACCUCCGUUUAUGGAAUUACACUGACCCUGGACACCAUCUGUAGGGGCCAAAAUAUGUUCAUAGCGCUGUUCUACUGCCCAGGGACCUAUGCAGACUACAGCUCUGCUCUGUCAUUCACGUGUGUGUGGUACUGUGCGAUCAUAACGGCCGGGAUGGGCUACAUCCUCCUCAUCCAGCUAUUGAACAUCAGCUAUAACGUGACUGAGAGGGAAGCUCGGCUGGCUCUGCGAGAGGACACCGGGCGCAGGCUUCUGGGCGGGAUUGUGGUAGACACGGGCAAGUAUAACCGGGGCUUCCUCUACAACUGGGGCCAGUUCUUGACCCUGGGGUCACCCACUCCUCAGCGCUCUGCUGAAGACAUUGUGUGAAUCCCUUUUCCCACUGAUCACAGUGAUGUUCUGUGGAAGUGAAUGGCUCCUCCCACAGGGAUCCCACUGCCAUUCCUUACUGAUUUGGAGGCUGGGCCCAUCUCAUCAUUGGUGUCUUAAGAGGCAUUAAAGUAGAGAGCUCUUGUACACCAGAGGUCAAAAGUAGGGUGCAGAAUGAAUUAAGCCAUAGGCACCAACCUGGAGAGACAAAGUCACACUCCUCCCCCACCUGCCUCCACACAGAGAAAUUAUGCAUAAUUCAGCAAGAUUAACAACAAGCACAAGACUUUGAGAAUGUGGGUACUCCACGUCUGGAUUUCAGAGCCAAGAUAAUCAAAUGCCAGGCUUCAGGCCUCAGCUGGACGCUGCAGGGGACAGGACAGACUCCCCACUCUUACCCACAUGCGACAUUUCACAAAUGAUGUGAUGCCUUGUGCUGAUGAGGCGAACUAUGUGUACCAAGAGCAGACCAUUCCAAGAGACAGGAUUGCAAUCAUAAUGGACCAAGGGGAAGAUAUUUAAAACGGGCUUUGUCUCUGUGGUAGCUUCAAGAACCAACUAAGACCUCUCUUCUGUCUUGUGGGCAUAUUUUUCAAUCUUUCAUUCCAUCCCAUCCAUAAAGCUGCCUCAGCUGUUAGUGCUUCUCUUAAGUGCCUUUGUGAGCAGUACAUCUAUAGGGCUGUUUGAGGUCCUGUCCUUGCUUAGCCCCCUCCCCCCCCAAGGGACUAUUCCAUCUAUGUGUGAGAGGGGAGGACUGGUCCCUCCUCUGUGUGCCAGUGAUUUCUUCCCUUUGCUUCUCUGAGUUGAUCCAAGGGCUUGACUCCCUUGAAUAUUUUUGUUCCAUUAGCAAUUGCUAGCACCACACAGCUGGUAAACAUUUUCCAAGUAAGAAAGAUGUAAGUUCCCAAGUAGCUGUUACUCAUUCUGGGGCAGUGGUCCAGGUGGGAUGUAAAUAGACCCUUGUCUGAGGCUGCUAUUGGCUUGUGAUUUCCCCUCCCUGUGAUGAGAGAGGAAUAAUAAUACUCCUGGGAGAUGGCUCACAGCUGAAGUACAGCUGCCAGGAUCCCCUUUCCCCCAAUCUCUGAGAAUGUGCUCUACCCCCAGUAGACAUGUCUCUCAAAGGAACUGGAAAGGCAAGAUUCAACUCAGAGGCCUGGGAAUGAGGGGAGGGUUUGUAGGCCUCACAGAAGACUGCUGAAUGAAAAUGUUGGUUGCAGUGUUGUAUAGUCAGGAUAUUAGAGACAAGGUGAGUUAGGUAAUAUCUUGUAUUGGAUCAUCUCUUUUGGUGAGAGAGACAAGCUUUC